UCGGCCCUGUGUGGGUCAGACAGGAACAAUAUGGCGCCGGGAGGAGCGUUAGCUUCUGGACCAGUCGUUGUCUGAAAGACUGGCGAUCCGGCAGGAUGAACCUAUGUGCCCAAUAUCUACGACAGGCAGAGGCCCUGAAGGCGGACAUGACAGAUUCAAAGCUGGGGGCGGCAGAAGUGUGGACGUCCCGGCAGGCCCUGCAGGAUCUGUACCAGAAGAUGCUGGUGACUGACUUGGAGUACGCUCUGGACAAGAAGGUGGAGCAAGACCUGUGGAAUCAUGCUUUUAAGAACCAGAUCACCACGCUGCAGAGCCAGGCCAAGAACAGAGCCAACCCCAACCGCAGCGAGGUCCAGGCCAACCUGUCGCUGUUCCUGGAGGCAGCUAGUGGUUUCUACACACAGUUGCUGCAGGAGCUGUGCACGGUGUUCAACGUGGACCUGCCGUCUCGCGUCAAAUCUUCUCAGCUCGGCAUCAUCAGCAAUAAACAGAGCAGCACGAGCGCCAUCGUCACCCCGCAGCCCAGCUCCUGCUCCUACAUCUGCCAGCACUGCCUCGUCCACCUCGGAGACAUCGCACGUUAUCGUAACCAGACCAGCCAGGCGGAGUCGUACUACCGACACGCAGCUCAGCUGGUCCCGUCAAACGGUCAGCCGUACAACCAGCUGGCCAUCCUGGCCUCCUCUAAAGGAGACCACCUCACCACCAUCUUCUACUACUGCCGCAGCAUCGCAGUCAAGUUCCCCUUCCCAGCAGCCUCCACCAACCUGCAGAAGGCUCUUUCCAAGGCCCUGGAGAGCCGCGAUGAGGUGAAAACCAAGUGGAGCGUGUCAGAUUUCAUCAGGGCCUUCAUCAAGUUUCACGGUCACGUCUACCUGAGCAAGAGUCUCGACAAACUGGACGAUCUGAGGGAGAAACUGGAGGAGCAGUUUCAGAGGCUGAUCCUGCAGAAAGCCUUCAGCACUCAGCAGCUGGUCCACAUCACCGUCAUCAACCUGUUUGAGCUGCACCAUCUCAGAGACCUGACCGCUGACGAGCAGAGCUACAGCAGCGAGCAACAGAUCAGCUGGUUCCAGCUGCUCGGCCUCUUCAUGUCCUUCCUGGGCGUCAUGUGCAGCCGAGCUCUGCUCAACAAGAGCCGAGGCGGGGAGAUCAUGGGGGAGUGUCCUCUGCCGGCCGUUAAAGUUUCUCUGGACUGGCUCAAACUGAGACCCAGCGUGUUCCACGAGGCCGCGGUGGACCAGAGGCAGCAUGUGUGGCCCUGGCUCGUCUCCAUCCUCAACAGUUUCCAGCCCAAAGAGGACGAUGUGAGCUGCACCUCAGUGACGCCCCUACCAGAGGAGUUUGAGUUGCAGGGUUUCUUGGCGCUCCGGCCCGCUUUGAGGUCCCUGGACUUCACUAAAGGUCAUCAGGGCAUCCUGGUGGACAGGGAUGGCCUGCCGGUCCACACUCGACAUCAGAGACUCAUCAGUUUGGGCAAAUGGGUGGCCGACAACCAGCCGGGGCUGAUCCAGUGCAGCGUGAGUGAAGACGGCCUCCUCCUCUUCAUCACUGACAUUCCAGAGCAGGCCAUUGAGGAGCCGCAGGAGAAGGAGGCGCCGGUGUUGCAGGAGUCGUCCAACGCCGAGCAGACGGCCAACGACGGCGGCAACUCCGGCCUGAAGUCGGUGCUGUCGGCGGGGAAGACGCAGAGCUCGUGGCCCGACGGCAGCGACCGACCCGUCGUCACCUUCAAGGAGAACAUCAAACCUCGGGAGCAGAGCCGCGAGCCCACGCGGAGCCAUCACCUGAAGGACAGCGGCAAGGAGCGCCGAGACUUCGCCAAAGGCAACGGGGCCGCUGGGAAAGGAGAGCUGAAGAGGGACGGGAAGAGGAAGAGCGAGCUGAAGAAAGCCGGUCAUGAGAGAAGUACUGACGCUGGAAAGCAGGUGAAGGCGCAGACGGAGCUGAGGAAGACUCCGGUGUCCGAGGCGAAGAAGACUCCUGUCUCUCAAACGCAAACCACCUGCUCCACACAGUUCAUCCCCAUCCAUCAUCCUGGAGCCUUCCCCCCGCUGCCCAGCAGACCUGGUUUCCCGCCCUCAGCCUACGUGAUCCCGCCGUCGGUGGCGUUCCCGGGGCUCCAGGUGAACCCGGGCUUCACGUUCUCCACCGGCGUGUCCGUCCCCGGACCUUUCCUCCAGCCGGGCGUCCACACCCAGGCCGGCGGCCAGGCCGGGAAGCCGUCGCACAUUCCUUACAGUCAGCAGAGGCCCUCUGGUCCCGGUCCGGGUCAGGGGCCGGGCUCCUCGGGCCCCCCCCAGGGCCAGCAGCCCCAGAACCUGCAGCAGUCUGUCCAGCUGCAGGUGCAGGCGAUGAACCAGCAGCAGCAGUCUCCCACCAAACCGGUCCAGCAGGUCGGGAUGGGGAAGAGUCCACCUCACCACCCGGGGAUGCAGCAGUACAUGCAGGUGCAGGACCAGCCUGCUCAGAUGUGGAGCCAGGCCCAGGCUGCUCUGCAGAAGCUGUCCCCCCUGCAGAUGUCCCUGAAGCCUCAGACCUUCUACCUGGCGGCUCAGGAUCCUCUGAAGCUGUACGAGCACCAGCUGCAGCCUCCUGCCCAGCCGCAGCUCUCCAACAUGGACAAGAAGAUCAAGUACCCCAACGUCAAGAUGCAGGACUUCUACUGGGAUCCGUCGUACAGGAUGGGGGACGGGCUGGCCGUGAUGGCCGACAGGAUGAAGAGGCCUCCGCCGGGGGGAAUGUGCGGCGAGCAGGACGGCCCCGCCGGGCCCCGUGGACCCCCGUUUGAGGACAACAAGAGCUCGCCUCUUCUGCCUCCUGACCUGUUAAAAACUCUAGCAGAUUUUGAGGAAGAGGAGGAGCUCGUCUUUUCUAAGCCUCCUGAUUUCUUCCAGGCCUUGGCCGGCCCUCUUAGCACUGCUCCCGGACCAAACAUAUUUCUGCCCAACCAGACCCGGAUGGAGAGCGGACCCGAGGUCGUCAGCCAGUCCUCUCUGCUGCCCAUGUCCGGCUUCCCCAUGCAGGAGUACAACCAGAACAGCAUCUUCAGUCAGGCCUACGGCAAGAACCUGCCGCCCAGCUCCAAGCCCGACGCUCCCAUGAUGCACCAGGAGCCGUCCCUCUACUCCCUGUUCGAAGGGACUCCCUGGUCCCCGUCCCUCCCCGCCAGCUCAGAUCACUCCACCCCGGCCAGCCAGUCCCCUCACUCCUCCAACCCCAGCAGCCUUCCGUCCUCCCCCCCCACACACAACCACGGAGCCAUGCCUUUCUCUAACUUUGGGCCCAUUGGCACUCCGGACAGUCGGGACCGCAGGGUGGUGGACCGCUGGAAGUCCGACAAGACUGGAGCAGUCAGCGGGUUUGGACUGGACUACCUUCCGGCUGCAGCCUCCUCUGCAGCUUCAGACAGCAGCUGGCACCAGGCCGGGCCGACCGGCAGCUCCUGGACCAAUCAGGAGUCUCCAAUGGAGGAGUCGUCCUCCACCGUGCUGCUCGACAGCCUCAAGUCCAUCUGGUCGAGCUCCAUGAUGCAGCCGGGCCCGUCGGCGCUGGAGCAGCUCCUCUUGCAGCAGAAACAGAAGCAGCAGCGAGGUCACGGCGCCAUGAACCCGCCUCACUGAACGGCAGGCCGAGGCGGCGCUUUGUGUCCGGACGUCAACAAAAAACCACCACCAGGAGGUAACGGGAGGAGAAAAAAAAAACUAAGAAGUUUGACGAAGACGAGCUCCAACUAAAAUGGAAAAUUAAACCGGCGAGAAAAGGUGGAUGCUGGGGAGGCGAGGAGCCCCCCCUACGAGGCUGAAACACCACCCCCCACCCCCCUCAGCUGUUGAGGAGCGGUGACGCCCCUCCUGGACCGGAGGGCGCGGGAUCUCUUCAACCGCGGUGCCACGCGCCACGCCACCGCCGGGUUUCCGUUAACCCGCGGAAAUCUGAACAUUGAGGAACAUAAACCCCCCCCACACACACACACACACACACACACUCACCAUCACGGCCCCCCCUGGUUUAGGACAGACGCCACAAACUCCUCUCUCACCUGGAAGAAACAAAAUAAAAAAUAACCUCCUGGACGUCUGCCCGGUCCGGUCGGAGCGCCUGUUUUUAGCGUCUCCGCCGCCGCCGCAGACCAACGUGGGGUGAUGUGUGAGAGAGCAGGGACGGUGUGGUUGUCGGGGUUGGGGGGGGGGUCCGGUGAAGCACCGGGGGGUCAAAAUAGACUGGACUUUCUGAUUGCUCCAUUCAUUUUCAUUACUGUGGAGGAUGAAGGAAGGUUUGGGUGUCGGCUAUAUAAAUAUAUAAAUACAUAUAUAUUGCCAUAGUUGGACUUUAGGCCUUGUCUCUUAGCCGUGCGGUGAGGAUCAGGACCGGAGGCUGCUUUGUGAAGCCGGCCGUGUAACAACCUGCUCCUUUCUUUGAAGGAAGUUGGCGGAGGCCCGGCGACGGGACGGCUCCGGUGCCAGGAAACGUCACGGGAAAGAAAGAAGUACAAGGGAAGGGGGAACGUGACCCCGUCACACUUAGGGAUAGUAUUACCAUUAGCUUCGAGAGAUUGCAGAUAUUAACAAAAAAAACGACUGUAUUUUGUGAUUUGUUCGUAGCAGUUUUAGCUUCUCGCCCUCGUGGUGAUUACAGGUAUGUCUAUUCGCUUCCUGCUUGAAUAUUUUCGGGGUUCUCUUCCUCUCCGGCUCUUCUUCCUGUUGUUUCUUUACGUAACGAAGAAAAAAAAUCUAAAGAUGUAACCCUGCUCGCUUACUUAACCUGCAUUUACUGUUUCUUUAUGUUCCUGUUCUGCCUUUUUACCCGUUUGAAGCAGCUCGGCUCUUCUGUGCUCACUGUCCCGUUACUACUGACUGCUGUACAGGAUAGGAGGCAGGCAGACAGACAGACAGGCAGGCAGACAGGCAGGCAGACAGACAGGUAGUUGUCUCAGCCUGAAUUUGUUCCACUAUCUUUUCUCCAAUAACCACUACUGCAGCUCGACCCUGAACAGCAGGUUUUUAUGAAUCGUAGCGUCUGGAAGUCCUGCAGCUCUGCUUUUACCCGAAGCCCCUUUUCAACCUAAAGGUCCGGGAACUCAGGAACUAAAAUAACUUUUUAUUUCCCCACAUCUGAUGAACCAUGAAAAGUAAGCCCUCGCUUCUGUUAAUGAAGUUAAAGGUAAAGCGUGCAUCUUCCCCGGCCCGUGCUGCACCUGCAGCUUCAGGAGACUCCGACCAGAAGUUCUUCUGUGAUCCCGACAAACCUCCGGCUUUGAUUUCCAGUUCGGGGACUAAAGAUUUACGUUCAUUAAAGAUCUGCUGGUUAUUCUUCUUCAUUAAUUGAUGAAUCGUUUUGUAAAACGAGAGAAAAGUUUCGUGUGAUACGGAGCAACAGAUCGGGCGAGCCAGAUCAUUCCGUUUGAGGAGCCGGGACGCGACUCGAUGAUGGAAGUUGUUUCCUGUUUGCUGUCAGAAACAGUCAGAAACUGUUACUGUUACAGCUGGAAGUGUUUUAUUUCCCGCUCUUUUUCUUUUCCUGCGUUUUGUUUUCCACUUAUUUAUUCCUGCGUUAGAACAUCCUGGACCGCCACACAAACACGUCCAGGAGCGAAAUGUCAAGUUUCUGAGUUUGCGUAAAAAAAAAAAAGAAAAGGAAAUGUUCCGGAGUUCCUGAAAGUUUCCUGCGGUGGAAAACGGGCUGUUGUGGUUUCACCCUUGUCGAUCAUUUACAAGCCGUCAGUCCAGGUUGUUUGAGAGCCAAUCGGAAAGCAGAGAUUGACAGCUGACCAAUCAGGACGCAGCACUGUAAGUAACUUCCUGUCCAGUUUUUCUACCUUAAACUCAUCGUUUAGUUCCAAAGGGAUUUAAAAAAAUUAAAAAAGCCUGUUUUUAAUUUCCCGUCGAGGUGUUUUAUCGAAGCAGACUUCUACGAGACUCGUCUAUUUUCCGUGUGAUUGUGCUUUUCAUGUUGCAUUUACAAAAUGUAUUUGAAAAAUAAUAAAGAUAAAAAUAUUAAUGAAUGUGAGGACGAAUUUGGCCAGAAGUGUCGAGGAGACGGUUUGUUUUCGUGUUUGAGGCUCGCCACGUGGAUCUGGUCUUCUGGGGUGAAGGACUAUAUGCAGCGGCAGGGGGUUCUGGGUCCUCGCUGGCCGGAGCUCUGACGACGGAAACAUGAAUGAACGCAGAGCUUUUUGUGUUUCUGUCUCUGUAGACCUUGAGAAGUGGUGGAUUCAGCCUUUAAAUAAACGUUAACUAUGUUCUCCUUUGA